CUCUGUUAUCUGGUUCCGGGCUCUUUCACUGUGGUUUCUGCUCCAAACAGGUCUCGGGAUUCUCGGCCUCCAUUCCCCAUUUAGAGUGUAGUGAGAAGCAGGGCUGGGCCUCCGGGGUCAGGUUCCCCGGUGGAUGGAUCGGGAGACUCGCACCUUUGCCGAGCGGCACUACCGGGACCUCGGGGGCCGAGUGCCUGGCUGCGGCGGGCCCGCACCCAGCAGUGUGACCUUCAUUCAGUCGCCGGACGCCUUCUCGUACGCAGACUUCGUGAAGGGCUUCCUGCUGCCUAACCUGCCCUGCGUGUUUUCCAGCGCCUUCACCGAGAGUUGGGGCAGCCGGCGACGCUGGGUGACGUCAGCGGGGAAGCCUAACUUCGAUUAUCUGCUGCAGAAGUAUGGAGACGUGGUUGUACCGGUUGCCAAUUGUGGAGUGCGGGAGUAUAAUUCAAAUCCCAAGGAGCACAUGCCCUUCCGUGACUACAUCAGUUACUGGAAGGAGUACAUACAAGGAGGCUGCUCCUCCCCGAGGGGCUGCCUCUACCUCAAGGACUGGCACCUGUGCAGAGACUCCUUGGUGGAUGACUUGGAAGAUAUAUUCACCCUGCCUGUGUACUUCUCAUCAGACUGGCUGAACGAGUUCUGGGAUGUCCUCAAUGUGGAUGACUACCGCUUUGUCUAUGCGGGGCCCAGGGGCACCUGGUCUCCCUUCCAUGCGGACAUCUUCCGCUCCUUCAGCUGGUCAGUGAACAUCUGUGGGAGGAAGAAAUGGUUGUUCUUCUCGCCAGGACAGGAGGAGGCCCUUCGUGACUGCCAUGGUAACCUGCCCUAUGAUGUGACUGCCCCCGAACUCCUGGACACUCGCCUGUAUCCCAGGAUGCAGCACAGCAGUCUACCCCUUGAAGUCAUACAGGAGGCUGGUGAGAUGAUAUUUGUGCCCAGCGGAUGGCACCAUCAAGUGUACAACCUGGAUGACACCAUCUCCAUCAACCACAACUGGGUCAAUGGCUGCAACCUGGCUCUCAUGUGGCGCUUCCUGCAGCAAGAACUCCAGGCAGUACAGCAGGAGGUCAGAGAGUGGAAGGACUCCAUGUCUGACUGGCACCACCACUGCCAGGUCAUCAUGAAGGCCUGCACGGGGAUCAAUUUUGAAGAAUUUUACCAUUUUCUCAAGGUCAUCGCUGAAAAGAGGCUUCUUGUCCUGAGGCAAGGACUGAAGGGGGAUACAGGGGCCAGCACAGGCCUCGGGCUGGGCCUGCAGCAGGCUGCAUUUGAUGUUGGCCGCCUUGCAGAUGUGCUGGCCUCUGUGGUUGCACAUCCUGACUUUCAAAGAGUGGACACGAGCGCAUUCUCCCCACAGCCAGAGGCGCUGCUUCAGCAGCUGGAGGACUCUGUGGCUGCUGCCGAGGCCCUGUAAUGCUCCACAGGUCGUGAUGCAGGAAGAGUUCUGGAGGCAGCCUCUUGCCCUGGGGCCCUUCUGAAGUACAAGCUACCCUUCCUUGAGGCUUAGGAUGUGCCCCAAGGCUGUGCAGGUGCAGUUCUGCAGGGUGGGCAGACAUAGUUUUGCCCAUCAAGUGCUGUUUUCCAGCAUCUAGGCCCUGAAUCUUGAGGAAGGUCCAGCCAUAAUGGGAGUUUAACUCACGGGGGCUAGAGGGAUGUUCACCCAUUUGGCCUGUGGCCUGCCAAGAACUUGAAUUGAGUAGUGAUCAUGAAGCCAGGUUUCCCUGGAGCCUUCUAGCCUCUCCUAGAGAUCCUAGAACUCUGGGUAAGGCCUCCUGGAGAUGUUUUUGGAAGAGCCACUUGAGGCUUAGAGCACUGACUUCAAGGCACAAAUGGAGGUGCCCUGCGGAGUGGCACUAAUGCUAAUUUACCCUGUGAGCUGCAGGUUCUACAGACCAGGUACGUGUAAGAACUUGGAUGGGGGCAGGGGCACCUGUAUCUCUGCCCUGCCUGCCCCACGGACUACUGGGGAGCUGCGGAAGCUCUGGCUAGGAGGAUAUCUCUUGGUGUUAGAGUAAAUGGGAAGAAAAAUUAUUUAUUUAUUUAUUUAUUUAUUAAUGCCCUCAAGCUCUUUGCCAGCUAAACAACACCUCCUGUUUCAGAGUCUUUACCAGCAGCACUGUCCAGGGAGUCUCAAAACGUGACCAAGCACAUAGGCUUGCCCAGGCUCUGCCUUUGAACGCCUGGGUCCUUUCCUAUGUGGAGACACAAGUGGCCCAGCAACUUAAUGGAGCAUACUCCAGAUUUGCAAAAUUAAGAAAAGUUAACACCCUGGGCCAUGUAUGACAGACACUAGCAACUAUUUCCUCCCAUGACAGUUGUAACUAGAAAUGAUAGUUAAGUCCCCAGUCAGAUUAACAAGCCAGGAGGGGGCACGUGUUACACAGCUCAGCGAGUAAAGGUGCUUGCUGUGCAAGUCUGUUGACCUGCGUCUGAAGCCUGGAAUCCAUAAUUAAGAUUGGCAUAUGGGCAAAUCAGUAGAACAUCUUGAUUAAUGAUUGAGGUGGGAGGACCAACCCACUGGGGAAGGUACCACCCUGGGCAGGUAGAACUACAAUGUCUAAGAAACCAAACUAAACAAGCUAAGAAGAGCAAGCCAGUGAGCAGUGUUCCUCUAUGGCUUCUGUUUCAGUUGCUGCCUCCAGAUUCCUGCCCUGUUUGAGUUCCUGUUACCUGGAAAUGUAAAAUGAA